GGAGGAGUGGAAGUUUCGGCAGCAGUAGAAGAAGCAGAAGUUUCGGAAGAAGUUACCUCAACACUAGAAGGAGCUCUAGUUUCGAGGAUGUUUGAAGAAGCAGUAGUCCCGGAAGUGGAGGAAACAGUUGCUUCGGGAGCGUUGGAAGUAGUAGUGGUUUCAGGAAUGAUUGAAGGUGCGGUGGUUUCGGCAGUGAUAGAGGAAGCGGUAGUUUCGGAAGCGUUUGAAGAGGAAGUGGUCUCAGAAAUGGUAGAAGGAACGGUGGUUUUGAAACUCUCGUAG